AUGGGAGAGAAGCACAAGCUUUCUGUUGGAGUAGCAAUACCCCGAUUCUCAGUUUCUGUCACCGCUUUUAGCUCGGAGCAGCGAUCGGAGAAGAGCUUGAGGGACUACCUAGAGGCGGCUAGGGAUUUCAUCAGACCGGAAGACAACAGCCCCACUCGCUGGUUCUCUCCCCUCCUUGAUAGCAAGGCUCCAUGUGAACGCGCCCCGCUCCUUCUCUUCCUACCUGGUAUCGACGGAAAUGGACUCGGCCUUAUCAGACAGCAUCAGAAACUUGGACAGUGA